UUUAUUGAAAAAACAAAACAUAAAACAUAUAAUCAACAACGAACGGAAUAUAAGGGGAAAAAAAAAAAAAAACAACAAACCAGAAGAAGAACCCAAUCAAAACGGCAAGGCCAAAACCCUAAAAAGAUAAUCUAAAUGAUGAUGAAGGAGAAGUCGUUUUCGAUUAUUAUGGUGACGACGACAAAGAAGGUUUGAAACAACCGCCAUGAGAUGAGCAGCGUCGUCGACGUGGCAGUAGUUAUAGUUAUAUUAGCUUCGUUUCAUGGCUAGAGAAUUGGAAACGACGUCGUUGUCGCAGCAGCAACAAGAACAGCAGCGGCAGCAGCGGUGGGGGACGUUGGAGGAAUUAUUGCUAGCGUGCGCCGUGAACCGCUACGGGACCAAGAGUUGGGACUCCAUAGCCAUGGAAGUAGCCAACCGAAGUUCAAGCCUGACGUCGCUCACUCCAGAGAGUUGUGAGGACAAGUUUCGUGAUCUUAAGCGACGGUUCAUGGCUUCAAACGACGCCGAAUCGACUAGUUUGGUCCCGCUUGUUGACCAGCUCAGACAGAUUCGUGUUCAGGAGCUGCGCGACGAGGUUCAACGACGCGACGUUUCGAUCGUGUACAUUUUUGUAGAUCUGAGAAAGAAAUUUUCAGUUUUCGUUGAGAUCUAUGGAACGACGUGUCACGUGUCAUUUUUUCUAUUCGGUUUUUGCAGGUCUUUGGAAUUGAAGGUGAAGAGUUUAGAGGAGGAGAGAGAGAAGAGCUUACAGGCGGAGGAAGCAGAUCUAGAGAGAGAGAGAAAGGCCUCGCCGGAUAUCAUCGCCGGUAAAUUCUCCUCCGCGGACGGCGACGAAUCCGAUGAGCGCGAGAACCGAUCGUUUAACGAAUCCAAUUCCACGACUCAUAAAGCAGAGGAAACGAAGAGCAGGAAACAACAAAAAAACGACGUCGCGGGAGGAGAGAAGAAAGAACCGAAAGUAAAGCCUGAACCGGAUGGAGAGGUUCCGGUUCAAACCGGAUGUGGACCAGACCGGGAUCGAGAUUGGUCCUCAAACGGUAAAUUAAACGGAAAUGUCGAGGAGGACGAGGAAGAGGAUGACGUGGACAAUGACAAAACGGUGUCGGAGGACAAGAUGGAAAAUAUUAAUAAGAAUAACAAAACGAUUGGGCUCAGUGAGUUGAACGAGUUGUGGGACGAUUGGAAGAGGGAGGGAAAAGAAGUUGGGGUGGCGUCGAAGCAGAGCAGUGAUGUACAGAGCUCGGCUAGUUUGUCAAAGAACAAAAAACGGCGUCGUAAUAGCAGUGGUGAGGAGCCCGAUGUUGAGGAGGUUUCUCCCGCCACGAAAAAGGUGUUGACCGUGAAAUCUGAGCCAUUAGUUAUGUUUCUUGAGAUCAUACGGUCGCACCGGCUCAGCUCACAUUUUGAGCGGCGGCUUCGGAGCCAGGAAUCUGAAAGGUACAAAAAGUUGGUAAGGCAACACAUGGAUCUUCAAACGAUUCAAUCCAGGCUUCACAGAGGGCUUUACUCUGACUGUUUUCAAAGAUUCUAUAGAGAUCUCUUGCUCAUAUUCAACAAUUUCAUAAUUUUCUUCAGAAAGAGCUCCCAAGAAUAUACUGCGGCACAAGAACUCCGCGCUCUUGUAAUCAAGGAAAUGACUUCCAAGCUCCAGAAACCUCAAACACCUGCGGUUAAACCAGAGCCAGAACGACAACAACAGAAACCACAAAAAGAAUCAUCUGUUUUGCUUUUGAGACCCGGCAGAGCUUCAACCAUGGUCAUGUGUGGUAAGCGAAGCUCCGCCAAAGCAGCAUCAGAGAAUGCUGCUAGUAGAAAAGGUGACAAGAAAGAGAGGGAAAUCGAGGAAAAACCAAAGAUGAAUGAGAAGAAGAUCAAUGGAUCUUUUGUUGGUAUUGAUGAGAAGGGUAUAAAGAAGAAAAGGAGUAGUGAAAGGUCGGUUUCAGGGUGGAGGAAUUUAAGGACCAGCAACAAGGGAGGAGCAGAGGUUAAACAUCAAUACGGUGGUAAUGAACUUAGCUCUCAUGAUGCUUUGGAGGUUAAGAUGGAUAAGAAAGAAAUUGCUGUUAGAAAGAAGCAAGGGGCAGCAAGUUUCUUGAAAAGAAUGAAGCAAAACUCGCCUAGCAAAUUGGUGGAAAAUAAAGAUGACGACGACAGUGAUUGCAAUGAGGACAAUGAGGAUUCAGAAAACGAGAGCAAAGAUGGUAGAGUAGAAGAGGAGGCAAUAAAGAAGAAUGGAAAGAAGAGAGACGUGGGAAAAGAGAGGGUGACAAGGAGUUCUAGGGGAAGAGGAGUAAGGGAAGAGAGUAAAAGAAUGAAGAGAGGGGUUGGCCGGCCACCGAAAAGAUCAGCAGCAAGUCCUUCACAAAAAUUGGUAGCAGUAAGCCCGCCAGGGACAACCGGAAAGAGAGGGAGAGACAAUGGUGAGAGUGAAGUUGGGGUGGUGGUUGGAAGUAGUAGGUCUAGGAAAAGAACAAGAAGGUGAAGAUGAUUGUUGUAUAAUGUAUAUUAUUGGGAAGUUUCUUAUUUUUGGGGUAUUUAGCUUUUCGUUUUUUACUUAAGAGACUAGGAUUGGAACAGGGAGAAUGCUUGGGAAAGAAAUUUGUAUUGUGCACUUACGCAGAAUGUUUUGUUGCAGCCAUUGCAUAUACACCACAUCUAGAAUUAGAAAUGAAUUAUAGUAUUAUUUUUUAA